AUGUCUUCCGUCCUGCCUCUAACGCGCUCGAACAGCUACGCCUCCUUCGUUACAGCAGUCAUGGAUGACUCCCUGAAGCCCGGCAUAUAUAGGAUCCAACUCGCAGAUCCUAACCCAGAAAAAAGCGAUAUCCACAUCGACCUCUCAGGGCAGGACUUGAGAACAAUCAUUGGCUUCUCUAGUCAUGACGGCGAUAAUCAACGGUGGGAAUUUGCGACUUUGGGGGCGGGAUACUCUAUUCGGAGUGUCUACAACGGAUCAUACUUGUCCAUCGAUUUCAAAGCUCUGCAUGACCUUCGACCACACGUCGUCGCUUCCUCGUUUCCUGUCAGCUGGGACGUUAAGCUGUACGAUGCAGACAAUGGAGUAUACAGAAUCCGGUGGCCCAAUAGCGAAUAUGUGUUUAGCAUGGACAUCACAGCCGGCGAUCUCCCUCCUGUCUUCCUUUCCAAGCAGCGUUCAAAUGCAGAUUCCUCGCAGCUGUGGUUCUUCCGUGAAUGUGAAGGUGUUCCGUUGGCAGCCCAGUCGGCAGCAGACACGGUGGUGAAAAUCGUCCUUCCCUCGUUUUUCCUGGCCAUUCAGCGACGCGACCUCGCCGACUGCAAAGUUGACCACCGAUGUUACGAUGAGGUGCCUACGGUUUAUUGCUGUGCCCAACAGAUUCGCAGCAGGAACACGAGAACACGAGUAAACCACGAGGUGUCGUACAGCAUCGAUAUGGACUAG